AUGACGACGGCUCCUGCUGAGUACCCUAUUGAGGAGAAAGGACCUGACGAUGCACCUGUAACAUCAGACGAGGCCCCUGCAUUCUGCUCACUGGAGAAUCUGAAGGUUGCACAGGUGCAGUUGGUGGGCGGCAUGCUAAGUGGUUUCUCAAUCGGUUUUGUGGCUGUGUACGCCAACUUCUAUCUGACCUCUACAGACUGCUCAGUGUAUAAGGCAAUUAAUGGAUGUGACACUGUGCCGAACGCGCAAUGUGCAUGGAACACCACGUCAGCUACAUGUGGGUGGAAGGACUUCACGUGCAGUGCCACGUACAACACCGAGGCUGCGUGCCUCGCAGACAAAAAGUGCCACUGGGUGUACAGUGAUAAGUAUUGUAAGAAUCCGGUUGGAUACAGUUCGACCGAUAGCGGUAUCUUUGCUGGUGCGAUGAUUGUCGGAGCCAUGAUUGGCUCGAUGUUUGCUGGGCGAUUCGCUUCACGGUUCGGGCACAAGGUGUCAUUUCUGGUUGUUGGGAUCGUUGGCGUCGUGUCGUCGGUGAUGUACCACGCGUCUGCUGCCGCGAAUCAGUUCUGGGUGCUGUGCGUUGGUCGAUUGCUGAUUGGUAUCGUGCUCGGUCUUGUUCCCGUUGUCUGCCCGAUGUAUGUUGACCAGAACGCACACCCGAAGAACUCCAAAGUGGUUGGUGUGCUGUUCCAGGUGUUCCAAACAUUCGGUAUCAUGCUUGCUGCUUUGAUGGGGUUGGCCCUCGGGUACAGCGUCAAUUUUAAGAAGAACGCGGACGCAAGGAUGGUUGGCCGUAUGGAGGGAUUCUGUGCAUUCUCGACGCUGCUGUCUCUGCUCAUGAUUGUGCUUGGUAUUUUCUUGGGCGAGAGCAAGACAACAUUUAUUGGAGGAACUGGAGCUGGUGAAGCUGCACUUGACCCAAAUGAAUACGGCUACAUGCAGAUGUUAGGCCGCCUUAUUAUGGGUGCGGUGGUAGCUGGGACGUUACAGUUUACUGGUAUCAACGCUGUAAUGAAUUAUGCGCCGACGAUCAUGGGCAGGCUGGGGAUGGAACCUCUUGUGGGUAACGCCGUGGUGAUGGUGUGGAACUUCGUGACGACACUGGUUGCAAUCCCACUUGCUUCUUGCAUAACUAUGCGUCGACAGUUUAUUAUGUGUUCGCUCGUGGCAUCUCUUGCAUGUUUGUUCCUGUGCGGUGUCCCUGUGUAUCCUGGCAUUGCAUCUACAAAUGCGAAGAACGGUGUUGCGAUAACUGGGAUUGCUGUGUUCAUUGCUGCGUUUGAGUUUGGUAUUGGGUCCUGCUUUUAUGUAUUGGCUCAGGAUCUGUUCCCGCCAUCGUUCCGUCCGAAGGGUUCCUCUUUUGUACAGUUCGUGCAGUUCACAUUAAACCUUAUCAUCAACGUAUGCUACCCGAUUGCGACGGAAAGGAUGUCUGGCGGUCCGUCUGGUAACCAGGACAAGGGUCAGUCAAUUGCCUUCAUUUUCUUUGGCGGAUUUGGUCUGGUGUGCUUUGUCCUCGAGGUGUUCUUCCUGUUCCCUUGGAAAGAGAGCGAUGCGAAGGCCCCUGCUGAGGAUCUUCCAGAAGAGAUUGAGGAAGAUUCACCAAUUGAGGUUGCCACUCCUCAGAACCGACGGGUAGCAUAG